AUGCAGAACCUGUCGCUCCGUUUACAGCGGAUGUCGAAGUUAGGCAAUCUGUUUGUGACAGUGACAUGGGGAGCCGGUGGUUCGUCAGCACAGAAGAGUUUGGAGCUGGCAGGGCUGUGUCAACAGGAACUGGGUAUUCCCACUUGUAUUCAUUUGACAUGUACGAAUAUGGAUCGAACGAUUCUGGAUGGAGCUUUAGAGCGUGCUAAGGAAAUGGGCAUUCGCAAUAUUUUAGCGUUGCGAGGAGAUCCUCCUCGAGGCAAGGAGUACUCGUCAAUUGACCAUGAAAAGGAAGGCGGUGAGGAUGACGAGGUGGAGUUCAAGUAUGCCAUCGAUCUUGUCAAGUAUAUUCGUGCCAAGUAUGGAGACUAUUUCUGUAUUGGAGUAGCAGCAUAUCCUGAAGGCCAUGUCGAUGGUGUUGAUAGCAGUGACCAGAAUCCCGAUAAGGAUAUCCCAUUUCUAGUUGAGAAAGUCAAGGCCGGAGCAGAUUUCAUCAUUACUCAGUUGUUCUAUGAUACACAGAAGUUCCUUUUAUUUGAACAGAAACUGCGUGACCAUCCGUCUCAUGUAUUUGAUAAUAUUCCUCUGAUUCCAGGACUGAUGCCUAUUAAUACGUACUCGUCGUUUGUUCGAGCCGCCAAAUUAAGUCAUGCCAGUAUCCCACCUCAAUUGACAGCUCGUCUUGAUGAGAUUCCAGUUGGAGACGAUGAACAGGUCAAGCAAUUCGGUGUUGAUGUGGUUACUGAUAUUAUUCAGAAUCUCAUUAUUGGAUCUCAUGGCAGAAUCCGUGGAUUUCAUUUUUACACCCUUAAUCUGGAAAAGUCGGUAGCUCUUAUUCUUGAGAAGAGUGGCUUACUUCAAGUUGAUGAUGAAGACGAGUCUGGCCACACUACCGGCUCGACUGUUGAUUCUAAUGACGCUGUUCGUAGAGGUAGUGCUAUUGUAGAAGAUGAAGAGCUGACCGUAGCUAAUCUGCACCCAGGUCAUAAAUCUGUAUCUCGUCGUCGGUCGUCGUUACUGACUCAUAACAGGCUUAUUACAGCUGAUUCAGAUGCUAUUUCGGGCCCAUUGAAAGCAGGAAAGUCGUCUGAAUCGUUGAAAGAUGAUUCUAUUUCAGAGAAAGAAGCAGGAAUCAAAUCGUCUCAAAGCAGCACCACCAACGAUGUUUUGGCUAUUUCUUCAGGAGAGGGUGAUCUCGGUCGUGAAGCUACAUGGGACGACUUUCCUAACGGUCGAUUCGGUGACUCGAGGUCACCUGCCUACGGAGAAAUCGACGGAUAUGGUCCCACACUACAUGUAGAUCCCACCAAGGCACUUAAACUAUGGGGAUACCCAGUCGAUAUCAGUGACAUCAACAACCUCUUUGCACGUCAUAUCCGCAAUGAACUAGAUAUUCUACCAUUCUCAGACCAAACACUAAGUGCCGAGACUGCUCUCAUUCAAGAAGAGCUAUUACAACUGAUCAACAAGGGAUACCUCACUGUAGCAUCUCAACCUGCUGGAAACGCUAUUAAGAGCACCGACCGAAUCUUUGGAUGGGGACCUCCUGGCGGAAGGGUGUUCCAGAAAGCGUUUGUCGAGUUCUUUGUCAGUGACGAGGAGUGGCAGAAACUCAAGCCCAAGCUCGACUCGCUCGGAGACGGUACUCUUUCGUACUACGAGGGAACCUACGAACACGACAAGAUCCAGCACACGAACCUUACACCGGGUUCGUCCAAUGCCGUCACCUGGGGCGUAUUCCCCAACCGAGAAAUCCUCCAGUCCACCAUCAUCGAAGAAGAGUCCUUCCUCGCGUGGCGAGAAGAGGCCUUCAGCAUCUGGGAAGAGUGGCGCAACCUAUACAAACCCAAGACCGCCUCAUACGACCUACUAGACCAUAUUUAUAAAACAUACCACCUGGUCUCUGUCGUUCACCACGACUACUUCGACGAGUCGGCCCUGUGGAAUGUUUUCUAA